CAGCCCUCGCUACCCACAAUCUAAUGGCCUAGCGAAAAAAGGGGUCCAGGUUGUCAAGCGUAUAAUGAAGACAUUGGUCUUUGCUUCAGCGUCAUGUACCAACUGACCCAGAUUUCGACGUUAUCUGCGAGUGUUAAUCCUUUUCUGUGUCGACUCUCACCGAACAGAUGGACUGAAAUGGAAGCAAUAGCCGCAGGGACGUCUCUGAGAGGAGACCGCCUCGUCGCGGCCCCAGCGCACCCAGGCAUCACAGCGGACACCUUCGCGGAGGAGCCCCAGCAGGCGACAACAAAGCCGCCUGUAUGCCCUGCCACUUAACCACUGAUGCCCAGUUGCCCUUUCGCCUCACUGCCCAACCCCCGCACAAGACAGGCCCACUUAUCAACCUCGCUUAUCAAGCCCAGCCGGGAGAGCCGGCCGCCUCGCCUCACAGCCGCUACCGGGAUGUGGCCACCUGGACGAGCCAGGAGGGAGUGGACCCCCUGAUAGCGUACGUCUCGUCGAGGCCCUGGCGCCGGCAGGAGAGGGCCCGCGUUGGGACGCCUCUGGCCUGCCUGUACUGCCUUUUUCAAGGCAGGACGGUGGCGGAUGCGGACCGGAGGGCGAAUGGGGCAUGCCUCCCUGUGCCCGCAGGGACGCGGCUAUGUCUGUGCGGCGCCGUCAUGGUGCACGAUUCACAUGAGCAGAGCAAGCUGCACUGGCGCCACACGGGACACACCCUGCCACCGAGCUGCGAUGCCUCCGAGGAACGCCCCAGCAAGGCGGCCAGGGCCAUGCUGGCACGGGCGGCCCGGGAGGCGGACUUUGCUCAGUGGCUGCUGACAACAGCCACUGGCCAUGCGGCGAGAGUGGGUCCGCCCUAAGGGCUGCCAGCAGAAGUCAGGACGACGGCGGUGGCGAUGGAGGCCGGGAUGGCAGCGGUAACGGCGACGGAGGACACGACCGUGGCUAUGCUAGGGGCUGCGGCGACACCACUGGAGGCACCGGCGGCACCAACGUCAGAGCCGCCAGGGCAGGAGAGCAUGGACGCGACCGGGCCCUCCUUGAGGAAGAAUAAAAACAUUUUUUAUUAUUCUCAU